UUCAGCGUGCUUACAACUGUUGCCAAUUUUUACGCAUAUUUCGAAUAUUCGAAAGAAGAACUUAAUCGCAUGCCAUAUCGCUAUCUUCCUCCUGAGAGCGUUGCAGGGCUACUUGAUACACCUGGGACAAAGUGCGUCUACUCUAAAUCUGGAGAUGUUUGGUCAUAUGCUGCAAUAAUUUAUGAAAUGAUGGUGCCCGGGAAGGUUCCAUUUCAUGAAUUUGGGACAAACAAUGUGGUGGAAAUUGUACGACGAAUUUGCAAAGGAUUCUAUCCAAUGUGUUGCCCUACCAAAUCAAAUAGCUUUAUGAGUAAUUUAUCACAAGCAAUAUUUAAAUGUCCGCGAGAUCAACGACCGACUUUCGAAGAGAUUCUAAAGACCAUUGAGAAUCGUCUGGAAUGUUUAUCCGUCAAUGAUUUCGCAAUUUCACAUCAGCCAAUCUCCCAAGCACAAAAAACCGAAGAUGGAACCAACAUGACCAACGUUGCUUUAGGGAGUGUGGACAGCGGGAUUGGUAGCACAUCAUUUAGCAUGGAUAGUACUUGUGAUAACGACGAAUUGGACCAAUUAAAGAACUGUUCCGAUAUUAAAGCUGCAGUUGUGCUUCAAAAUGUCACAACCGUUUUGCCCGACAUGGAUUUUGCAGAGGGAAUUUUUAAAAAGUUUGGAAGACCGAACCUUAAAAUUAAUGCGAUUAAAAGACUAAGCUCUAAAUCACUCGCGAUCGUGGUUAAGAGCAGAUCCAGUAAUACAACAAUGAAUCCUGAAAUGAUUAAGGCCUUGUCCUCCAUGGUGAAUGACAUUAAAGCAUGCUCCUCUGUGUACAGUAGUUCAAUAAAGGUAGAUUUAUAUAAUCGUGAGGAAUUUAACCUUGACGAAACUGGUUGAUGGUUUAUGUCGGUGCUAAGCUUAGA